AUGACGUCAUACUCAUUUGCUAGAAAGUACUGCCAGGCUCAGGGAGGUGAUCUUGUCCAGCCUAAAACAGAAGAAAUCAAUUUGCAUCUCAUUGAGCUGGCCGGAGGUAACUCGUAUUGGUUUGGACUCGAUGAUAUCAAUCAAGAGGGCACGUUCCAAUGGAUUGAUGGCACUCCGCUCGAUAAUAAUGGAUUUCCUGCUUGGUCGGAUGGUGAUACAACCCUAUUUGAGAAUGAAAGAUGUGUUCAUCAGCAGGUUAAUAACGGAUGGAGAAAACGACGAUGUACAUCCUACCUCAGGUUCGCAUGUGAAAAACCUCCGAGUCCGCGACAGAUCCUUCCUGUACGUCUAAUGGCAGCUACUCAAUCACCAUACGGAGGAGGUCUGGUGAAUGCUUCAUUUGUCUGUCUACUCGGCUCAGAGAAUGAAGAGAUUCUCACAUUCUCUACAAGAAGACUCAACCGUCUGACCGAGUCUAUAACUUCAGAUAGUUACACAGCUCCAGGAGACAGCAAUGUUGUAUCAUCUGUAGUAUUAAGACAGACUCUUCCAGCUACUAUGGAGGGCUUGGGUUUUUUCGAAUGUUCUACAGUGACAGCCAGUAGAAUGACAUCUGUUCCUCUUGGCAUUCUUCUUUCUUCACGUACAUAUACACAAACAGUUAACAACUAA